AUGACCGAUAUUUGUCCUUAUGUUCACGAAGGAAUAGAACCGCAAUUCCGAGUCAGCUUAGAUUCUCUCUUAAUGCAGCCAAGAUUGGUGUCAGCAUUAUACUGUGCGCAAAGGCCACUUUCGUCACGCCAUAGAAGGGAACGUUUGAGGCGGGAACAGCAACAAGUCUAUUGGACGGGUGGCCAAUGGAGAGUUGUUCUUGUCACUGAUAAGACCCGUUUUAGCCUCCAAACUGAACUUAGGCAGCUAGCUUUGGAAAUUUUAGGCGAGAUUCCCAGUGACGCCGUAAAAAUUUACACAGAUGGUAGUGGACUCGGAAACCAAGCUGGUAUCGGCGUCUUCAUUGAAAAAUCUGAGCAAAAUUACUCCAUCUGUCUCCGUAAUCCUGAUUUCACUUCAGUCUUUCGAAGUGAAUUAAUCGCAAUUGAACAGGGCAUCGAUGCUAUAAUCAACGAGAGUGACUUUGGAGAUCUUUGGAUCCUGUCGGACAGUCGCAGCUCCCUUCAACACCUACACAACUGGACUAAAGUUGGAGACAAAACAAGCAUCUCCAUCCUUCUUAAACUUCAACUUAUUUCAAAGCACCACGACGUUCAUCUUCAGUGGAUACCAUCCCACGUUGACAUCUUUGGAAAUGAGCAAGCGGAUCGCUUGGCCAAGGAGGGCUGUAGUCAUUUAGCAUCUUCGUCCUCAGCCCUUACCUUUUCUGAGCAUCAGUCCAAAAUCAAAAGCCAUCUAUCAAAAAAGUGGAGGAUCCCUUUUCUCAUCAUUGGUAUGUGGCCAAGGAACCGGGCUCUUCACUUGUUCAUAUAG